AUGCGGAGGCCUCAGCGCUCUGCGAGCAAUGCAGCAGCACAGACGAAAUCUUCUUCAUGUCUUCGAUUGCGACAUGCUAUCACACAUGUCCGACAGAUGGAUAUGUCUGAGGCAUGGAAUUCCGAUGAGUUGAAAACUGCUCUUGACGACGCUAAAGCUGAUACUGUUUGCGUUACGGAGUGCGAAAACUGUAAACGGAUACUAUGUCUCGAUAAAGGGGACGUGAGAAGUACCAAAGUUGUCCUUGAGACUCGUAUAACGGAGCUAGAGGGAGAUAUUGAGGAAGUGAAGAGUACCGAAGCUAGUCUCAAAGCUCGCGUUGCUAAGUUAGAAACGGAAAUCGAACACCUGCGUGCUGAACGACGGCGCUUGCAGGAGGACUUGCUUAUCACGAUAAUGAAGAGGAAGGAUAAUCAUAUACAGGGCUGGAAUACCUGCAACCGUGGUUUCGGCCACCAAAGCGACUUCCUGGAGGCCAUUCAUCACCCGGUAAACACUGCCGCUCUAGUGGUUAUUCUAAAACCCCAACAAAGAAGCGUCAUGAGGCGGCAGGACGUGAAGCAGCCCACCCUUUCGGGACAACCGAACGGGGAACUGGACCUGUACCUCUACCAGUUUUCCGUUUCUAUAAUUAGUCGAACCGACUCGACUGCCAGCGGAUUAACGACCAAGACCUUAGUUUAUCUAGUCCCAGAAGUCCUCAAGACUCUACCGAUGGCCGCUUACUAUGUCGGUUUGGACGAGGAAAGCCAGGGUGUCGAAGCUGCAUGGCAGAAUUAUAUCAGAUUCAAAUACGGUCAUGACCGAGUUUACUGA